CGGGAGGCGGGAGGAAGAAGUGGGGCCAGGCUUGAGUUGGGUUGACCUGUGAAAGUCUAGGAAGGUCUGCGAGAGAAGCCCAGUGUUUUCAGCUCCGGAAGUGGCAGUUGUAAACUUCACCUCCCGGGGGCUCGUCCCCUCUUGUACCCCUUUGCUCUUUGUCCCCCUCCUCCCGGGUCCUAGAGUCCGUCGUGUUCCUACAGUUUUUGCUCUUAUCCCCGUGGGCUGCCUGAGCCUCCUUCUACCCCUGAGACUUCGAGCGGCUCUUGGGGUCUUGGGUGUGCAGCAUGGAUCACGCGAGCCCCUGAGACCUUAGAUCAUCUAACCUGUAAGCCACAGACAUCUUGGGCAAUUUUAAUCAUCAAGAAAGAAAUAUGUCAUUAAGAAACAGCGGGAUAUUUUGAAAGAGUUGGAAAACAUCAUGAAUUUGAAUACUUUAAGUAAUGGCACUGGUGAUAUCCAAAGGUUGAAGAAUGCCUCAUCAGAUGUAAAACAAAUACUUAAAACUGAAACAGAGUUGGAUAUUACUGCUGAUCUCAGGAAGAAACUCCAUCGGGCUAAAAAAGAAAAAUUAGAAAUAACAACCAAACACAAUGCAGAGCUGGCAAGCUAUGAGAGCCAGAUUGCCAAGCUACGGUCCGAGGUUGAAAAGGGAGAAGCAUUGCGACAAAGUCUGGAAUAUGACCUAGCUGUUGCUAGAAAGGAAGCUGGUCUUGGAAGACGGGCUGCUGAAGAAAGAUUAGCCGAGGCACAUAGGAUCCAAGAAAAGCUCUGUGCACAAAAUUCAGAACUUCAAGCAAAGACAAAUGAAAUUGAGGAAGCAUUUCAGACUUCUCAGCAAAAAUGGAAAGAAGAAUGCAGAAGGUUUGAACAUGAUUUGGAGGAAAGAGACAAUAUGAUCCAAAAUUGCAAUCGAGAAUAUGAUUUACUUAUGAAAGAAAAAAGCAGACUAGAGAAAACUCUACAGGAAGCAUUGGAAAAACAUCAACAGGAGAAGAAUGAGAUGGAGUCUCAUAUCAGGGAGACAGCAUUGGAGGAGUUUAGAUUACAAGAAGAACAAUGGGAAGCAGAAAGAAGAGAAUUACAAUUUAUAGUACAGGAGCAAGAUACUGCUGUGCAAAAUAUGCAUAAGAAAGUAGAAAAAUUAGAAACAGAACAUAUGGACUGCUCUGACCUUUUACGGCGACAAACAAGUGAACUUGAAUUUAGCACUCAACGAGAGGAACGCCUUAGAAAAGAAUUUGAGGCAACUACUCUUAGAGUGAGGAAAUUAGAAGAAAACAUUGAAGCAGAAAGAGCAGCGCAUUUGGAAUCAAAAUUUAAUUCUGAAAUUAUUCAGUUACGGAUUCGAGAUCUUGAAGGAGCUUUGCAAGUAGAAAAGGCCAGUCAAGCAGAAGCUGUUGCUGAUUUGGAAAUGAUCAAGAAUGAAUUCAAAGAAGUUGAAAGUGCAUAUGAGCGAGAAAAGCAUAAUGCACAAGAGAGCUUUGCAAAACUAAAUUUAUUAGAAAGAGAUUAUUUCUCCAAAAACAAGAAACUAAAUGAAGAGAUCGAGGAACAGAAGAAAGUAAUUAUAGACCUCUCAAAGAGACUCCAGUAUAAUGAAAAAAGUUGCAGUGAGUUACAGGAAGAACUAGUAAUGGCUAAGAAGCACCAGGCCUUCCUAGUAGAGACAUGUGAAAAUAACGUGAAAGAAUUGGAAUCGAUCUUGGACAGCUUUACUGUGUCGGGCCAGUGGACAUCAGGCAUCCACAAGGACAAAGAUAAACCUCCUAGCUUCUCUGUUGUCCUUGAGACGUUGAGGCGUACCUUGACAGAUUACCAGAACAAGCUGGAAGAUGCAUCUAAUGAGCUAAACAGCAUGAACGAUGCUAGGGAAAAGGCAUGUAAUGAACUUGAUUCUACGAAACAGAAGAUAGACUCUCACACUAAAAAUAUAAAGGAACUUCAGGAUAAACUGGCUGAUGUCAAUAAAGAGUUAAGCCAUUUACGCACUAAAUGUGCAGACCGAGAGGCUUUAAUAAGCACUUUAAAAGUGGAACUACAAAAUGUACUGCACUGUUGGGAGAAAGAAAAGGCUCAAGCAGCCCAGUCUGAAAGUGAACUGCAGAAGCUUUCCCAGGCUUUCCAUAAGGAUGCUGAGGAGAAGCUAACCUUUCUUCACACCUUGUAUCAGCACUUGGUAGCAGGCUGUGUGCUCAUAAAACAACCAGAAGGCAUGCUGGAUAAAUUCUCUUGGUCUGAGCUUUGUGCAGUCUUACAGGAGAAUGUUGAUGCCCUGAUUGCAGACCUCAACAGGGCUAAUGAGAAGAUAAGCCAUCUAGAGUAUAUCUGUAAAAACAAGUCUGACACGAUGAGAGAGCUUCAGCAGACUCAGGAAGACACCUUUACCAAAGUGGCAGAACAGAUCAAAGCCCAAGAGAGCUGCUGGCACAAACAAAAGAAGGAACUAGAGCUGCAGUAUUCUGAACUCCUCCUGGAGGUGCAGAAGAGGGCACAGAAAUUUCAAGAAAUUGCUGAAAAAAAUAUGGAAAAAUUGAACCAUAUUGAGAAGUCGCAUGAACAGUUGGUUCUCGAAAAUUCGCACUUCAAAAAACUGUUAUCACAGACUCAAAGGGAACAGACAUCCUUGCUGGCAGCCUGUGCAUUGAUGGCUGGUGCCUUAUAUCCCCUCUAUAGCCGAUCAUGCGCCUUGUCUACACAGAGAGAUUUUCUCCAGGAGCAGGUCAACACCUUUGAGUUGUUCAAAUUGGAAAUUAGAACUCUAGCCCAGGCUUUGUCAACUGUAGAGGAAAAGAAGCAAGAAGAAGCCAAGAUGAAAAAGAAAACAUUCAAAGGAUUGAUACGUAUGUUUCGGAAAGUUGUUAUUGCAGUUUUGGCAGCAAACAGACUCAAGAUUUUGGGCCAAUCAUGUGCCUCUCUUUUUACCUGGAUGGAGAGUUUCAAAGAAGGCAUAGGCAUGUUAGUGUGCACAGGAGAGCCCAAAGACAAGCAUAAAUUUCCAAAACAUCAAAAGGAGCAGUUGCGUUGUUUACAAGCGCUCAAUUGGCUCACCAGUUCUGACCUUCUUGCUGCAAUAAUCAGUUCUAUGACUGAAUUACAAGAUGUCAUUGGUAAAACAGAUCCAAAUUCCAGAAUUUGUGGACAUUUACUCAUAGGUGCAGCCAAGAAUUCUUUUGCAAAACUCAUGGAUAAAAUUAGUCUGGUAAUGGAAUGUAUACCUCUGCACAGUAGCAGGAGUAUUACAUAUGUAGAAAAAGAUUCCCUGGUUCAGAGGCUGGCCCAUGGACUUCAUAAAGUAAACACACUGGCCCUGAAAUACGGUUUGCGUGGCCAUGUGCCCAUUAUGAAAAGCACAGCGUCGUUGCAGAAGCAAAUAUUUGGAUUUACACAAAGACUGCAUGCUGCGGAAGUGGAGCGCCGCUCACUACGCUUGGAGGUCACAGAAUUCAAACGAAGUGUAAAUGAAAUGAAAAAGGAGCUUGACAAAGCCCAGGGUCUGCAAAUGCAAUUAAAUGAAUUUAAGCAAUCUAAAUUGAUCACCCAUGAGAAGUUUGAAAGUGCAUGUGAAGAACUAAAUAAUGCAUUACUUCGGGAACAGCAGGCACAAAUGCUAUUGAAUGAACAGGCACAACAACUACAGGAAUUGAAUUAUAGACUUGAAUUGCACUCCAGUGAGGAAGCUGACAAAAACCAAACUCUUGGAGAAGCUGUUAAGAGUCUCUCCGAGGCAAAGAUGGAGCUGAGAAGAAAAGAUCAAUCUCUGCGUCAGCUCAAUAGACAUCUUACCCAGCUGGAGCAGGACAAGCGUCGACUAGAGGAGAACAUCCAUGAUGCAGAGAGUGCCCUCCGCAUGGCAGCCAAAGACAAAGAAUGUGUUGCAAAUCACAUGAGAGCAGUAGAAAAUACGCUUCACAAGGUCAGAGAUCAGAUCUCGCUGUCAUGGUCUGCGGCAAGUAGGAAUGACUUCACCCUGCAGCUACCCAAACUGCACCUGGAGACCUUUGCAAUGGAGGGGCUCAAGGGCGGGCCAGAGGUGGUAGCAUGCCAGGUUAGAGUCUAAAUAACAUUGUUUGCUACUGAGACAUAUAGAAAAAUAAAUUGCACUAACUAGAGAGAAAGAAAGCCUCAAAGUAUUGUGAAUAAUUUAAAGGAGAUGCAAAUAAAUGUUUCUUCAUUUUCUUCUAUCAUGUAACAAUAUACUUUACAAAAUAUUGUUUUUUUCUUUAAAGCCUAGAACUAGCCUAUUAAAAUAAUCCAGAAAAGUGUUUUUACCAAGGAAAAAUGUAUUUUAUGGCAAAGUACAGUAUUAAAAGAAAAUACUUUCCUAUCAGCAGAGGACAAUAAGACACUAGGCUGUUAUCUCUUUAAGCAAGUCUCAAUUUGUUGCUCUUAUUGUUUGAAAAUAAGUAACUUUAGAAAAAAAAAUAAUAAAUUACUUUAGAUGUAAACAUCAAGAGAUAUACCUGAAAUUUCUCAAUAUUAAUUCCAAAAUAUAUCCAACAUUUCUUAUGAAGUAAUUUAAUUUCAGCAAAACUUAAACUUACCUGUAUUUUCUAUUGAAGAGUAUUUUACCCUUUAAUAUUUAGUUUUAAUGAACAUUGUAAGAUGUGCAAACUGGGUCAUUUCGUUUAUAAAACUUAAAAUACCAAAUCAUAAGACCUCAAAUAACUUUAAAGUACAUUAAUCAACUUAUUUUUAGAAACAUUCAUUUUCAGAUGCUGUAGGUAUCCUUGUAUUUUAUGUCACUAUUGUAUUAAUGUUAUUGUGAUCAAUUUUUUCCUUAAGGUUGUUUUUCUUAAUCUGACAAAAUGAAAUUCAGUGUGUCCUGUUAAAGCCCAAAACCUUCAUUAAAAAGGAAAACUAUCAACAUUAUGUAAAUUAUAGGAAGCAUGAUAUUUCAAAAGAGACUGUCCUUGUCCAAUAGCACUCUAUUUUUUAGUGUAUUUAAAAGGAGAAAUGUCUCUUAAAACUUAGUGUGCCUUUCACAUGUUGAGAUUUAAAAUAAUCUUUUUCAUUCUUUAGUUUAUGACCUUGUGGAAUUUUAAUUUUAUAGAAAAUUAGUGUCAGUUUGUGUGGAGCAGUGUUAAUUUUUUAUAUGCUCCAUAUCCUAAUUUAAUUUGUUAUUAGUACCAAAUUAAUGCUCUACAAGGAAAAAAAUAAUCAUUGCUUCUUUCAUUAGAUUGUCCAAUAUAUCUAAAAUAUAUAUAAUUAUAAAACUAAGCAUAAAAUAUUUUUAUUUUCUGUUAUGAGUAGAAUGCUGUACUGUUAUUUAAGAUGAGAUUUAAAAUGUGUAUUUUAAAUUUGAUUAUCAGUAUUUAUGAAUUCAUCAUAACUAUGAAUACAAUCUGAUUUGAGAUUUUUCUAGUGGUUGUAAAAUUAUCCUUUACUUGACUGUUUCGAUUGAGAAUCUCACAAGGCUUAGUAUUUGUCAUAAUUUACAAAUAAAGACUUCCUCAAAACUAGAUCUUGGUGGUUUGGAAAGAGACUGAUUCCCAAAAAUGCCCUUUUUGGUGGUUAUUAUAUCUGGGAACAGCAAGAAGGAAAUGUAGAGACCCAUAGUUUAAACUACUGUCUUUUCUAGGUUCUAAUAAAAAUAGUUACAUACAUUCCCACCUGGAUAAGUUCCAUUGACAUACUGUAAUAUAUAUCGUAGUUUAAUAGUAUAGUGUACAUCAUAGUUGGAAAAUUAGGAGACAUUAGUGAUAAUAAUAGUACCUACAAUUUCAGCGAACACUUAACUGUGUACCAGGUACCAUGUUUAACUCUUUAAAUAUAUCAUCUUAUUUAAUUCUCACAAUGAGCCUGUCAAAUAGAUGGCACUAUCUCCAUUUUACACUUAAAACAACCACCACCACCACAACAAACACAACAGGUAACUCCUCAGAUCAACAGCAAGGAAAAGGCAGAGCCAAGAGCUUGGAUUUAAGUCUAAUAGUAUUUGACUGCUAAGCUGAACUAAUAAAUCUGACACUAAAAAAUGUAGACACAUGUUAAAU